AUGCUGCAUGUAAACUGCAUACGAAUGUUCGCAUGUAAGAAUUCUGUCUUUGAAAGUACUACAAAAGGCAGUGAAAAAAUUGAGGCUCUUUCAAACUGAAUUUCUAAGCUGUCAAGUCUGUAAGUCAGAAAAGGUUACCAGUCUUUCUCUAAAUGCCAAAAGCUGAACAGUUAACAAACUUGUCGAAACAGUAUACCGACCGAGGGCGAACAGAGACUAACGCCGCGAUCCUCGGUCCGAAGUUCAAAAAAAAAAUCUAGAAUCCGGGUCAAAAUUUCCAAGAGACGCGUGAUCCACAUAAUGUUUUGAGUGAGCGAAUUCGUGGAUAUCAUAAAAUGAUAAUAAUUUAAAGCGAGAGAGCAAUUUAGUCUCGUUCCCUAUAAACGUUCACUCUGAUAUAUAUUUAUUAAUUCGUUUUGUUCUCACCUAAUUCUGUUCAUAUAUCUAUUUAUGUCCUAUUUCUUCUGUUUUUUUCUUAACAGGUGUGUCAUCUGCAAGAUGUAAGUCCUCGUGUCUCUCAUCUCAGGGUAAUUGGCAGGACUCCGUAUCAACGAAGGUAGACCCAGGCCUCAAUACAACUCUCAAUGGCUCGGCCAUUUCAAGAACACAACUAAUAGGUAUGAGUUGGGAACAAGACGGAAAGCGAAUAGAUAUUAGCAGUGGCUCGUCUGUUCAUUUUUAUUAUUUAUCACCGCGGGGUGGGGGGGAGUGGAGGAUUUUGGAGAGGAUCGCAUGGUUCUCGAAGAGUGGAUCAGUCUUCGCCAACAAAGUAUGAGGGAGGACUAUGGGAAAUUUAUGCUAAUUAAUUGCUAAUGAGAAGGAGGGAGGGAGGGGGGGGGAGGGGGGGAGGGAGGGGGGGGGGAGGGAGGGAGGGGAGGGAGGGGGGGGGGGGGGAGGGGGGGGGAGGGGAGGGGGGGGGGGGGAGGGGGGAGGGAGGGGGAGGGAGGGGGAGGGUAGGAUAAUAGAAAUAUUAUAGAGCCCUGUAGGGGGAUCAGGUAAAUCAGUUUACAACCAAAAUCCUCUAGACCCAUGUUGUGCGGGAGGGGAAGGCAAAUUUCAAUAAUUUAUCAAUCAUUGCUGCUUCGAAAUGAUAAAUCCAAUCAAGAUCUCAUCUUAAAGUCAUCCUGUUAUCUUUUGCUUUUUUUAUUUUAUAAUUUCGAUCAGUUUUGACUUUAUCAUAAAGUGUAACUAAACAUGGAGUGAUACUAUAACCACUUCCCGACGUUCACUUAAUAAAACGAUGCGCGUAGUCACUGGCGCGAUAGUAGCGGAAGAGUGAAGAAACGCAAGAGGACCGGGUUAAUUGCGCGAUGAAAAACUCGACCCAAGCCCCCCUCAGUCUUCGCUCUGCCGAUACUAUCGAUCUGUUUACUAUUUUGCACCAUUUUGUUGAUAGAACGUCUGGAACACGUUAGCAACAGUAUUGAUAACAUCCAUUUUCCUGAAACUUAGCUAAAUAAAUUAUCAUAAAGGUUAACUUAUGUCAGCUCUCGAGUGCGUGCAUUAACAUGGAGAGAUUUUUGAGCAGUUUUUCGAUGCAUUUUCCCUCCCCUAGAAGCGGUGAAAGUUGUCUGUACCUCUCCCACGCCUGACAAUAUUCUUAAAGACAAGGAGAAGAAAAUAAAGUGCUGUUUUUCGGGACAGCCUACCCCUCAGCUGGUCCACUGGUACAGGAAUGGGGAAAAAGUCGUCAACGGAUCCAAAGGAAUUUAUGAGUAUCAGAGGAGUAGAGGAAAAUAUAUCGAAAGCACUCUUCUCCUCCCGCCUGGCCGAGGGGAACUAGAGGGAUUUUACGAAUGCAGUGCUACCAACCAGGAAUCUAACUGGUCGAGUUAUGCUUCUGAGAGAUUACAGGUUAAAUUUAAAUGUAAGCAUUUCAGAUCUGAUUAAGUAUCGUAACCGUAAGUUGUGGUAAAUUUACAGUUCGAAUUUCUGACAUAGAAGGUUAUUUUUCCAAAAAUUUUCUAACACGAGUUUGAUUUUAAGAAAUUAUUUUGAAAGAUCAAUGCCGAUUUUUUGAGAAGCAUGUCACUGUGCAUGAAUUUUUUUGUCAACAUUAAUAAUUACAAAAAACGUUUCGCAGUAAACCAAUAAUAAGAGAUUAUAAAUUAAUCAUUAUCUCUUGUCUAAUGUAUAUAUAAUAAGCAACAAUCUAUAUAUGCGUCGGCUGGUUAGCUCAAGUUGUAGACCGCCGAACUGCCGUGCGGACCAACACUCAGGAUCUUAAAACAACUGAGGAGAAUGUGUUGCCUUUGGUAUGACGAUCUAGUCUUCUCGGGUAAGGAUAAAAACCGUAGGCCCGUCUCCUGUAUCUUCUUCUCUAUUGGUUUGCAGGGGACGGUAAAGAACCCACGCAUUUCUCGCAAACAGUAGGUGACGUAGCUCCCGAUGUUAUGGAUCUGGCUUUGUUUCCAAAGAUUCCUAAAUUGGGGUCAUCUGCGAAAUUCCCUUUAAAAGAAUUUCGGUAAACUGCUUAAAGCAGCCUGGCCAAAACUCUCCAUAAAGUGUUAUUUAGUGCAUUAGAACAUGUUCAUAUGUAGAGUGCUCUCUAUAAAUGCUUCAUUAUUAUAAUUAUUAUUACUAUCUCCUUCUUAGGUCCUAUUCAAAUUCUACAUCACCCAAUCAUUUCCGCAUCGAAAUUGAAAUUUUCUACUAUUAAGCUAACUUGCCUAUAUGGGCAGAAUGAGGAUUGUCCCCAUCAAAUAUUAUGGUAUCGAGAAGGAAAAGAAAAAAAGCUUUUGGAAAAAAGCGCAAAGUACCGAAUACAAGAAAAACAAGUUAAAAAUAAAUGUGAAGAAGUCUCCGUUUUGUCCAUUCUGAACGUUACUGGAAAUGACGAAGGAAAUUACAGCUGCAUUUGGACUUGCGAAUAUCACUCCAACUUAACAGCUUUCAUUGAUUUAAAACUCCCCCCUCCAGGUAAGUCAGUUCUUAAAUUCGUAACUGUUUUGCAAUUAUUUAGUUUAGCUAAUCCAAGGGACUGACCUCGGCAGGGAGGUCGCAACAUAACCAAUAUAUAUAAUGGACAAAAGUGUGGUUUUGAAUCUUCCACGUCAGGGUCUUCUAUUCGGUUGGUGACAAGUCUAUUUGUCUGUUAUCUUCCUGUUUUAGCAGACUGCCUACUGAAAGUACAAGUCAACCAACUACUAACUUACCCAGCUACCUAUGACUCAACUGCCUCUCUCUCCUCGUUAUUCUCUCCCUCCCUUAUAUGUACUUACAUCUUACUAUCACCUUUUAAUCUCCAGAUUUUAGAACAAUUCCUACAAAGUUACCCAUAACCUUACCUCACUCCCUACCUUCACCCCCACUUUCGUAGAUUGUUUUAAUGUCUUAUAAAAGUUUCUCCCUACAACUCUUCCUCCCUCUUUCCUCAUCCUCAGAUCCUUCUGUCCCUUCUACCAACUUGCCCUCUUCCCUCCCGACCCACUUCUCUACUUCCCUCCCCUCUACCUAUCUUCCCAUUUCCCACCUUCCUUGCCCACCUCUCUACCUCCCUAUCUCCCUCCUGUCCAUGCUUGUUUGACCACAGAGAAUCUUACAUGUUCAUUUUCAGAUCCACCAAUACUGAACACGACCAUUGCAAAUAAAUCAACUAAAUUCACAGCAAAGCCGUCGUCUCACUAUCCUUCUGGUUAGUGUUUUUCAGUAUUUUCAAGUCAAAUUUGAAAUCCCUCUACGCUGAAUCAUGAAUUUCAAACCUUUUUGUUUAAAUCUGCAGGAGGUACAAAGAACUGGCUUCUACCAGUCAUCAUUAUUUCAGCAGCAACUCUCACUGUGAUCAUCAUGUCGUUGGUGCGACUUUUAGUCAAGAAAAAGAGUUCGUCAACUUUUAAAUUGGGAAAAUGUAAGUUGCAGACAUCAUAUUUACUAGUUCGUGUUGCCAGAUUUUCUGGAGAGAAAAACCCAACGGUACAGGUGCACCAUAGACUCAAACGUGACAUUUAGCGGUUUUAGCUGGACUAUUUUAGGAUGAGAUUUAGCUUCAGUGAACAUCCACCGACCGACCAACUGACUCUCCAUUUGAUUAACAAAAUAGUUGGUGAACCGACUGGCCGAAUGACCGACUUUUUGACUGACACACUGGCUGAAUGGCUCACUGAUCACUUAACUGACUGACUAUCUAUUAACUGACUGAUCGAAUCACUGGCUAACCGAUCAGCUGGCUGAUCUACCACUGACUGACUGAAUUACUGAAUGGCUGACUGAUCAAGUAACUGACACAUUGAUUGACCGACUGUCUGCCCGACUGACUGACUAACUGACUGCAUGAAUGACUGGACGCCUGACCGGACUGACUGACUGGCUGACCGACUGACUGACUGUAUGACUGAUUGCCCGCCUGACGGACUGAUUGACUGACUGGUCGACUGACCGACUGCCUGCCUGACAGACAGACUGACUGACUGACUGACUGACUGACUGACUAACUGCCUGACUGACCGACUGGCCGUCUGACUGACUGAAUGACUAAAUAGCUGACUGACUAAGUGGCCGAUGCACCGAUUCAUAGAGUGACUAACCGCCUUGGCUUUCAAAUUGUAACAAGGAAAGGAGUGGUGUUCCAAUAGCUUUUUUUCUUACCUCUGACAGAUGGCUUAAAGGAAGCAGCCACCCUAAAUCGACUGUUUGUCAGCUUCAGUUCAAAAGAUUUGGCGUGGACUAAUGAGAACCUCAUUUCAAUUUUUGAGAAGCACUCGAUAGCUUACAGCAUUCAUAGCCGGGACUUUGAGCUUGGAAAGCCGAUAGUCGAAAACAUGGCGGACAAUGUGUAUGGCAGCCGUCAGGUUUUGAUCGUUUUAUCCCAGAAUUACCUUGCCAGUAAUUUCUGCCGGGAGGAGCUGCACAUGGCUGUCCAGAGGGGGAUAGACUCGGGAGACUCGUCACUAAUUCUUGUGAUGAUCAACAGCUUGAAGAAAAAGCAACUACCGGCUGCUCUGAGAAAUAAGAAAAUGUUGGACUUUGACAAACAUAAGAAGAAACAAGAUUGGGAGGAGAAAAUACUGAGCGAAAUAGUCGACGGCCAAGGUCAAGCUGCCGACUCGUACACUUCUAGGUUCUAA